UGCAGCGUGAUGAUUUCCGGAAUGAUGAGGGAGCGAAGCAGUGCUGUUGUCAAUUUUUCAAUAGAUGUGUUGUAUUUUAAGUCACGUUAAUUUUAUAGAUCUACAAACGAAAUUACAUACAAGUUAUAUUUGGUUCAGCCGCCAGAACAGACUCAAGAUCUAUGGUGCAAUAUUCCGCAGUGAGAUUACUCCGUAGAUGUGGACGUCAUUUCACGACUUUCAUGAGGAGACAGGCAUAUCUUUAGUGAAAUCAGGAAUGCCCAGAUGAUUGCAGUAAAAACAAACCUUCCCUGAAUUUCAUCUAGUCUGGUUUUAUUCAAUAAAGAGGCCUAAAGGAAGUAACCCAGUGGGUCAGUUUUGGAGCACAAACCCUAUAACAUAUAUCUAAAAGGACAUGGUGAACUAUAGUUAAAGCAGCCUCCAGUUGGAAGGCAGAGUGAUUAACCCAAGGUCAAGUGUUGUUCGGUGAAAGAGAAAUUCCACCAGGUAUAAAGAAACUUUACACAGUUUAGUCAAUUUACAACUUGUGUCGCAUUGUAGCAGAAAAGAAAAAUGUCUUUUUCUUCUGUCAAUAUUGGACAACUGUCAUCACCUGGCAAUAGUUUACCUGUAUCUCCUAGAAACAUGCCAAUGCUGUGUCCGAGAAAUGUGGAACAUCUUGCGUCUCCUAGCAACAGACAGUUGCCCACAUCCAAUAUGACCAUGCCUUUACUUUCUCCACAUAUCAAACAAUUACUUUCUCCCGAUGCAAUACAAUCGGUGUCAGCCGGAACCAACGUCGUGUCCUCAUUUAGCAGUAGACAACUUUUUCCUGAUAAAAGUGAGCAACUCUUCACCACCAACAGACAAAUGCCAUUUAACAACAGUGGACAAAUACUGUCACCAAACAGCAUAAAGCAGGCUGCUCGUUUUGGGGAUUGCCAAGAAUACAGUCAGGAACAGCUUGCACAUCUUUCUGAGGUGACAAGGGCCAGACAGCUUCCCAAUGUGGACCAGGCAUGUCAGGGACUACAGGUAGCUCCCAGGAAUCAAAACCUCAUACAAGGCACAAGGCCACCACCCUCUCACGGCUCACCACAAAAUGUGUGGGGUCCAGCAAUGAACGUAGCUCCAGAUCAUGGACACAUAACUACAACUUGCAUAAAUGGAAUUUACAGUCAAUCAGAAGCUUUGACGGCUCCUAUUCCACCAAGGGAGGCAACACAUGGGCACCAAAGUCAGUUUGUACACGGCACAGACUUUAGUCUGUAUUCUAAUCCAAAUAUUCUUCAAAACCAAAUGUUGAAUACGUCGGAGUCUAGUAGAUUUCAAGUGAUGUCUUCCGAGUUUCAAAACAAUGGUGCAAUGCUGGAGCAGAAUCGGGAAAAAAAUAGUGGACAAAACAACAACAAUGGUUUUCCAGUAUAUGAUCUGACAACUUCCCAACAAGGUCUCCCAAACAUGGGACCAGCAACAGAGGUUAAGAGUGUCAAGUGUACCAGUAGUAGCAGAUCUCCAGGGACUGUAAGUGAGUCUGAAGAUGUCAUUGUAACCAAGGUUACUGGGAUAAGAAACGGUCACGAAACUAAACAUGACCAAACUAGCACAAUCAAAUGUCCAAAACACCAAGAGGAUCAAGUUCCUGGUAAACUUCAGGGCAAGGUUUCUAGUAAUACCACACACUCUGGACCACUUGGUCAGCAGGUACAGUCAAAAUCACUUGGACAGGGUGUAAUGUCGGGAUCUCUUCUAUGUCAGCAAAAGUCAGGCUUGCAAAAAGAACACAAGGAUAAUUUAGAUGGCCCACAGUUGCCCAGUGCCGAACUACUACAAACAAUGAUGGCUAAUAAUUCACCGUCCAAAUUUGUUGUAAUGAAGAUGUGUGGCAGUGACAAGUAUGUUAUUCUGUCUCCGGAAAAAUCUUCUUCAUUCGAAAUGGUCUACAAACCAAUGGGUUCCAUGAAACUACCUCCAGGGAAAUACCGUUUACACACCAUGAAUGCAAGUGCUCUUUCUGCUUCUCCAGAUAAAGAACAGACAACAAAACAGAAACCUGAUGGAACUUCUCCCAGUAAAGUUGCACAAAAAGCAAAGAAAAAAUCUUCCAUCAAAAUUUCAAGUACAAAGGAAAACAAAGAAUGUAAAAAAGAAAAAAAGGCAAAGCAGCAACCAACUAAAGAGGCUGGGACAAAGAAGAACAAGGUUGAAAAGAAAAAGAACCCUCUUGAUAAAAAGCCUACAGCAAAGGAUAAAAAGCCUACAACACAAGGUAAAAAGUCUACAGAACAAGGUAAAAAGUCCAAAUCAAAACCCAAGAAGGCAAACGAUCCAAUCGAUCCAAAUUCAAAAGAAAAGAAAAAGAAAACAAAGUCACAACCUGUAGAGAAAAAGACAGAGAAAAAAAAGGAAGAGACCAAAUGUAGAAUUCUGACACCCUGUCAAAAGUUCUGUAGAACAGUUCUCAUUUCACACAAUAAAGCAGGCAGGAUAGUACACACAAUCAGUAAUCCAGCCAUUUUUUUCACUGGUGGUCAUUUCUUGGCCUCUCAGGACACAAUCGAGGUAGAGCACCCUGUGUUUCUGUUGAUCUCUGACAAUGAUAAAAUCCUUGCCAUCAUGUCAGAAGCAUUCAGCCCAGGACAGUAUCUUCUGUCCUCAAAACGGCGUGUCAUCUUCAAAGGUGACCGCAUCUCGUCGGAUCUUCAUGAUAAAGAUGAAAGAAAGCAACCACUUCAAUUAAAUUUGUUUAGAGCUGUUCUCUCCCCAUACAACUUUUCUGUCAGCAGUCCCAUGAAAGGUCAUGAAAUCAUACUGUUGAGCCAGUACCAGGAUGUGCCCUAUACCACAAACACAUCACCAAAAGAAGGGUCACGACUGCUGGAGGACCCAGAUUUAGGAGCAAGCUCUAGUCUGAUCAGUGAUGUAGUUGAUACUUGGAAUCAAUCAUAUGAUGUCACAACUCUGGCCCCCUGUACACACCCCUUGUAUGAAACCAUGAAGGAAAUGCUGAAGAACAAAAUUGACAACCAACCAAAGACUUGCAAGUACAAGCUAAGGGUCCAACUGUUUGACAGCAGAAGGAAGAAACGGCCGAAGAUUGUCGAUGAACUGUGAGUGUGACGGAGGACAAUGCCCUCUGUACUGCUUAACGGUUGACAAUGGCUUGACUCUCAGUCAGGUAACCGAGACGAAUGCCAUGUAUUCUACUGAACAGCAGACAAUGUGCCGAAAUUGUAAAACUGUGCUAAAAUUUCUAGUUUUAACUAAUUUAUAAACUGUAUUUGUUACCUAACUUGAAAGUGACAUUGUCGUUUCGGAAAUUUGUAGCACUAAAUUAAUACUCUGUGAUCUGUAUGAUUGGAAUUUGUUGUAACACGACUACAUUUGAGAAAGAUAACUAUGUAACUUGUACUGAAUGCAAAAGUCUAGCCAAGGAAGGGUAGAUCUCUUUUUAUAUUGAUUUAUACAGUUUUAGUUGGGAGAGGACUCCGAACUGUACAGUAUAGAAAUGUCCAGUUUAACUAGGACAGGAUCGAUCUUUUACAUUGCACUUGUAAAAUAACUGAAUUUGAAGAUAAAUUAUUUUAAUUAUAAAGAGAUGAACCAUUUUCAAUUGUGUAAUUUAAUAAGAACGUCACUUUUAGAUAAAUAUAUUUUUAAUAGCUUACCGAUGAGAAACUUGUCUUUCUUCAUUAUCUGACAUAAGAACAUCAAGAUAAUACUUAAAAGCUGCUAGGAGGAGAUAAUCUCUGGUAUUGUACACAAUAGGAAUGACAGGAGAAGUACUUCAAUAACUUACAGAUGAUACUUAGUCUUUUUUUUUUAUUGUACAAAAUAAAAAUUGCAAGAUAAAUACUUUGGUUAACAGAAGAUCUCUCUAUUGUACAGAAUAGAAAUUCUUUUGUUUUCAAAAUAAAUUACCGGUAGCUAUUUCAGUAGUUGGAUAGAACUCCAGAGCUAUAUUGUACAAAAUACAACGGUUAGCUAUGCAUUUAAAUUUUCAUCUGUAUGGUAUAUUAGACACAUUCGAUUAGUCUAGAGUGUAUCUGGAGUUCACGAUACUGAUAUUACUCAAGAUUUUUUUUACACCGUCGCACUCGGUACAUAAUGAUUAUAGUUUUAUAAUGACGAAAUUGAACAUAUUGCCAUCUCCAGUCUAACUCAUGAAAAUUGGAUGUACUUAGUAUACAACUUACAAGUCAGGACCCAACUCCCCGUCUAUCUGAUGAUGCUAAAGGGAAACGUUUGGCUGUGUUGCUUAGCUCCACAUUAUCUCUUACAUGUUUAUACCAAGUUUUACCUUAUUUACUAAUUGUUAUUGACGUUUCAUUAUUACAAUAUGUGAUUUAUAUUGAUUGUAUUACAACUGUUAUAUUUAAAAUAAUUGAUAUAGUAAAUGAUUAUUGUUACAUUGUUUCAAAAUAAAUCUGACCUGUUCUGGUGGUCCGUAGUUAUCCAUACAGACAAGUCUUAAGUUCAAAAUUUGUUUCAUGUUACAUAACAUUUAUUGUUAGAAUCCAUUCAUCAAAUAUUAAUGACAAUCAAACAAAAUAAUGAUACAUACACACAUAUACCAUUUGACUGGUAAUUUCAUUCACAAUCUUAUACUCUUCUCGGUCACAUCCUUAAUAGCACAACACAUACAAGUUAAUGAUGAAGUAUGUAUUUAAACAUAGAGUGAAAUGGUAUAUAUGUUAUAUUUACAUAUGAUAUGAAUUUCAGCCUUGCACAAACACCCACAGUCACAGAUCUAAACACAGGCUUUCUGUACCGUACAUGUGUACAUUUUAUCUGACAUGUCAACUUUUUAUGUAAAUCAACAGGACCAUACAUAUGUUAACGACAUGCCAACUCUACCAUACGUUUGACCUACCGGUAACAAUUUUUGUAAAUCACUUCUAUUUUGCAAGAUAUAAUUAUUUAUACCUUAUCCAUAAUAGUAAGGCUGACUGGAUCACAUUUGAUCAUAUGACAGGGAAAUAAAACAUAAUGUUUCCCUCUCAUGAAUUUUCACUGGUCAUGUUUUCUUGAUUCAGAACCUCUAGAAAAACUAACAAGAGGCACCGAAUCAGAAUCCUAAUUGACUGAAGUAGACGACAACAAUGACGCGUAUGUCAGAUCAUCAUUGCUGUUGUGUAUUGUUCCAUUUCAUAAUAAUAAAAUAUUUAUGACACUUAUGACAAUAAAUGAUUCCAAUGGCAAAAAUAUACCAUUCAAAAAUCUUGAAAAUGGUGAAAAGUGUUGAAAAUUACUCAUAUCCGUUAAAAUAAGUUUCACGAGCAGGUUUUAUUCCAUCUAAACAUUUAUUUUUCUAUAAAAAAACUGGAUUGGCCAAGACGGUAUAGAUUAAUAUUAAUAUGAAUAUGAAUAUGCACCAUAUUACCUACUCAUAUUUCAAAUUUAAGUACCCGAUAUAACAAGAGUUGCAUCCUUUUAUCAGCCUCAAUUUGUUUUGCGUCAUUUAAUUUCAAAAUGAUAGCCAAUCGAUACAAGGUUAGCAAUCCAUUAAAUAUACAUUAAUAACUUUAAUUUACAGAUUUAACGUUUUUGAAAAACAUUGGGAUAACAUGUACAUUGCUUAUAGUACUUUCUCGUAUGAUCAGGUAAUCCUACUUAUGGGCUCCAGAUCAGUCGUGCAAAGCUUUACUUAAAUUACUAUACAUAAAAAUCCAUUCCUUCCACUCUAUCAAAACACAAGCAAUUGAACUUUCAAAGUUUGUGAGGAUGGCCUGAGACCUUCACUACCACCUUAUGAUGUAGUAGUUAUAAAUAAAUUACCUGAAUCAUUUGAAGCAUCAGUGUACAUGCUACCAACUUAUUUAAAAGAGGGUGUAUGGAACAUUUACGAUUUUCUCAGAACAAAAGCUGGAACAGUAAUUUUGAGAUUUCCUCUGUCAAUAACAAAUGCUUCACUUUUGAGUGAUAGAGGCCCACAUGCACUUUUAAAAUAGGAAAGGCCUUUAUUAAUAUAGGCUAGGUUCUCGAAUGUUGCAAAGACAAUUUCAUAUUUAUUUCAAUAAUGGCUAGCUGGUGUAUUUCUUCAACG